AUUCUCACCGUAUUGGUACAGUGAAAAGAUAGUAUUUGCUCGAUACAGUGAACCAAUAUUAAAUGUGUGAUUCAAAUUGAUUCAAAAAAAGCAAGAGAGAAAGAGAGCGAAGAAAGAAGCAAAUUAAAAUGAAUGUAUAUUGAAAAAAAAGAGAAGAAUCGAGAGACAUCGAUGUAACCAUUGAAUGUUUUUCUCAUUUUAUGUUCACGUAACUGUCUAUAUAUUACUGUGUGUGACAACUGCUUCUCCGCUCUUGUGAAUUAUUAUUAUAUAGAUAACAUUUUGGAAGAAAAAAAGAAAGAAAAAAGAAAUAAGUGCUGCCGAACUGUCAGAAUUGAAUUAAAAUUCUGAAAAUAGAAAUUAUUCUAGUGCACACAUAUUAGCUGUUUCCAUGUGAAUGUUUUAACGUGUAAUAGUCGAGUGUUCGUGUUCGAAUCUGCGCGCGUGAGAACGAGAGAAAAAUUAUAUAUUUAUAAUAUUUAGUAAUUGCCAGCCGAAACAAAAGGAAUAUAUACGCAAUUUUAUUUUUAUUGUUGUUGUUUUGUUUACCAUCAAAGUCCGUGUCUCGCGCAUUAUUCAAAACCGUAAUUUUUCGAUAACAGAAACUAUAUUACUACACAAUAAUAACAAAGUAAAUACACAUACAAAAAAGAAUAAAAAAAAAAUGUUUUGGCAAAAAGUGUGAGUUGUUUACACGGAAUAAACAAACAGUGAAAUCAUCGCCUCCAUGAAGGAUUCAACGCAAAAUGGUACGCGAGACUCGACACCUAUGGGUUGGAAAUUUGCCCGAAACAGUACGAGAGGAUAGAAUACGAGAGCAUUUUAAAAGAUAUGGACGUGUUCAAAGUGUCAAAAUCCUAUUGUCUUCGAAUUGCAAUCCAAAUUUAUUGUUAUCAAUUGGCUCAUCGUCUGUACCAAUCAAAGAUCACAAUGAUUCUACCGACGAUCACUCGAUCUCUAUGUACAAUUUUAAUAAUAAUGUUAGCCUGUGUUCGCCAACAACAAAUUCAUCCAAUUGCGCCAUUGGCAGUGUGUGCGCAACGGUUGCAUUUAUGGAUAUUAAAUCAGCGUCGAAAGCACAUACGGCCGAACAUAAAUUUGAUGAUCGCGUAUUGACCACUGAAUAUUAUGAACCAUCGUCAAUACCAUCGACAUCGGGUGAAAAUUCACCAUCAUCAAUAUCUAGUUUAACAAAUGCAACGUCAGCGCAACAGCAUCAAACAGCACAACAACAACAGCCAUCGCCACAACAUGGCUCAAACACAUCGAAUUUAUCGGGAUCCGUUCAACAGUCAGUACAACAACAGUAUUCGUCAUCGACGACCGUUUCACCACCGGUGGCACAUCGGCUAUCCACAUCAAAUCAUGGAUCAUCCGAGGAUUUGUCACCGAAUUUUGAUCGGAAUAUUUACGAUCGUAGUACACGCUUAAGUGAAUCAUCCGCCUCCGAUAUGUAUAUUAGACGACCAAAUUAUCAUCACAGUGAAUCGAGAGGUAGACCGAGAGAUAGACAUUUUAGAAACGGUUCAUAUUCGUCAACAGUAGAUAGGUCAAAUUCUUCAAGCAUUUUACACAGGUCGUCUUCGAAUACAUGGUAUGAAAGUUCGAAUGUAUCGAAUACAAGUCGAAAUGUGUACGGUAAUUUACCGAGUGCGGCAGUUGUUGUAACGCCUGAUAGCGCAUAUGAUACGACAACCGAUCGUCGAACGUCAGAAACCGAAUGUUCUUCCAAAUCAAUAAGUAAAAACAGAGGUCUGAUAAAAAAGAAGAAAUCACGAUCGGGUUCAGAAUCACCGUGCGGUGAUAGUACAACCAGCCGAUCGAAUUCUCGAAGUCCUAGUUGUAGUUCAACAAAUAGUGGAUCUUCACAUUCACAUGGUUCAAGUAGUCCGACAAGUAGUGAUAAAUCACGUGUUAGAAAUUUACAAUCGGCCGUAUCAACGCCGGCCACAAAUUCAUCAUCAAAUUCAAAUCCUGCCGUUCACUCCGAAGAUAAUCGACCGUUGGCGAUUUGUGUACGAAAUUUACCGUCACGAUCAUCGGAUACAUCGUUAAAAGAUGGCCUGUUUCAUGAAUAUAAAAAGCAUGGCAAAGUGACGUGGGUCAAAGUGGUUGGACAAAGUUCGGAACGAUAUGCGUUAGUAUGUUUUAAGAAACCAGAAGAUGUGGUCAAAGCAUUGGAGGUAUCGCAUGAUAAAUUAUUUUUUGGCUGUAAAAUUGCGGUGGCACCGUAUCAAGGAUUCGAUGUUGAUGACAACGAAUUUCGACCAUACGAAGCUGAAUUGGAUGAAUAUCAUCCGAAGGCGACGCGCACAUUGUUCAUAGGAAAUUUAGAAAAAGACAUAACAGCAACCGAGCUUAGAAAGAAUUUCGAUGGUUUUGGAGAAAUUAUCGAAAUCGAUAUUAAAAAGCAAGGUGUUAAUGCGUACGCAUUUUGUCAGUACUCAGAAAUAGCGUCGGUGGUGAAGGCAAUGCGACAAAUGGACGGUGAACAUUUGGGUUCGACACGAAUAAAACUUGGCUUUGGUAAAUCAAUGCCAACGAAUUGUGUAUGGAUUCAUGGUGUUUCGGAAAAUGCCAGUGAAAAUUAUCUAACAACACAAUUUAGCCGAUUCGGUCCAGUCACACAAAUAACAAUGAAUCACCGAGCGAAGAUGGCAUUGGUUUUUUUCGAACAAAUUUCAUACGCCCAAAUGGCUGUUAAGGAAAUGCGGGGCGUCACCUUACGCGGAAAGAAGCUUCAAGUUGAUUUUGCAUCACGCGAAUGUCAAGAUGCUUUCUAUGAUAAAAUCGAAAAGAAAAAUUCUGUCACACCGGAUCGUGUAUUUGAACCAAGCCGAGAGGUGACACGAACAUUUGAAAAUACAACCACGUUGAAUAGCCGCUUUAGUCGAUAUGAUACACCAGCACGUUCAAGGACAUCAUCGUUUAGUCUUCAUGGUGCCGUUUCACCUCAGCCAAGUUCAGCAACACCGCGUGGUGGUUCGUUUGUACGACGAAAUAGUCGAUACUCGAAUGUCGAUUACCAUGACGAUGAAUACAUGUCAGUGGAUGGUCGCACAUCGUUGAAAAAGACCACCACAACGGUCGCACAAUCAAUGGAAUGUGAUUCAGAGCGUCGUAUUAAAAGCUAUGAUGAAUACAGUCAGGGAUCAGCUGCUUCGCACGAUGCCGAUGAGUACAAUGUUUUCCGAACCGAUUCACCGCAAGACCGAAUAGUUGCCGCAAAUGAUUUGGACGGUGUGACAACAAUGCCCAAUCGACGAAAAUACGAUGAUGAAUUUCCCUAUGCAAAAAAGAAUCCAUUCAACACAAAUGAUAUAGAUGCAAUUGAGCGACGUGACAAAAGUCCGAUCAUUGAUGAUGAUUACUUUUCAAGUACCGGUAAACAUCAUCGUGUGCAAAGCGUUGUCGUUUCGGCUGAUUCGGUGGCAACACCAACAGCAAUUGCAGCACCACCGCAUACAAAUUCAAAUGCACACUUUCAACAACCCGGCGAUAUUCGUCAUUUGCAAAAGGAACGUUCUCAAUUGCUUGAGCAGCUAGAAGAAUGCCCGUCCAGUGGCGAUGAAAUUUUAAGCCCGAAAAAACGAAUGAAAUUCGACAAUGCUGAUUCCGGCAAUCUUGUACAAACGAACCUAGUUAAUGAUUCUAACUGUGAUGCUACUUUAAACAAUCUAAACGACACUAAUUUAUUACACCAUCGAAAGAAUUCGGAAGUGAGACGAUUAUCAGAAUGUAAUUCAUCAAAACAUAAUGUGAACAACAUUCGACGGCCGUCAACCGAUAGCGGAACAUUAAGGCAUUCGCACAUUCGAAAUAGCGGCAGCUCUACAUCGUACAAUGAACUCAGUGAACAAAUAUCAGCGUAUCAACCGCAUCCAUAUUGUAAACGACGCCGAACUACCGCCAAUUCAAACAGUGAAAAUGAACAUCAUUCAUCAAAGGGUCGUGGACAUCAAUUGCAUUCACAUCAUUCGCACGAAGCAUCGGCCAGUGAAAGUGCAGAUGGUUCAAGGCCUGGUACACCGCUCUGUGAUGAACGACCCGAAAUUAUGGUACCGGCCGAUCCACGACGCCAAAUACGCGAUAGAUAUACAAGUCAUUCGACAUCGAUGUACUUACCAUUGCCGAAAUUUGGUGUACACAUCUUUCAACAGAGUCGUGCAUUCAGCUCAACACAUUCGCUAUCUUCCUACUUAUUAACCAGUCAUUCUAGUCGAAAUACUUUAUCAAGUCCACCGCCUGCAUUGCUCACACGACCAUCAUCAAAUGGUAGUAAUAUUUUAUUGAGUAAUGUUCAGCAUUCGCAUCAACAUAACUUCCAAUCAAAACAACAACACUCACAUCAAACUGAGCGCUCCUCUUCGCAUCAGUCCCAUCAACCGUCAUCGACGAUUGAAUCGUCGUCGUCAUCGUCGUCGGCGACGUUGUCAUCGUCCACAUCGUUGUCAAAACCGUCGUUGUCUCAUCACCAGCCAAACGUACAUCAUUCAACAUCGCAAAGUGCACCACCACCGCCACCGCCACCAUCAUCAUCGUCGUCGUCGUCAUUAUCAACAAUGGCGUCGUCUUCAUCGAUUACUACAGCAUCAUCCAUUCAGGAGUGCAAGCAAUCGAAACUUUCUCAGGUUCAAUCGACGGAAUCGCAGAUAAAACCGAUCAAUACUGCUAGUUUGUUGAGUCCCGCGGCAGCGGCAGCAGCAGCUGCAGCAGCACAGCCAAUCGAACAACCGCCAGAGAGUCCGUGUAAAGCACCAUCAUUGAGUUCAAAUUCAAGUGAUUCGGAAAUUGGAACGAGUCCAUCAUUUGAUGAGCGCAUUAAAAAUCUGGACGAGAUGUUUGAAAUGUGGAAUGGUGGCAUUCCGGCACGGUCAUCGGCAUCAAUAUCAGUGAGUGAUAAUCCAACAACACCCACAUCAGCGUCCAGUUUCUCUGGUCGCCAUAAAUUCCUUGAGCUUGAUGUGAACGAUGUUAAACCGUCGGACAUUUUGAAAUCAGUUUUGUCAAAAAAAUCGAUUUUCGACGAUGAUUUCAAGCGACUCGAGAACAUUGGAGAGAAAUAUGAACCAAAAGACUUUAUCAAUUUGAAUCGACCGAUAGCCACAGCAACAACAACAAUAACAGUCGCCACAAAUAAUAGCAAGCCAAUAACAACACCAACGUGCAGUAGUCAAUUGCCAAAAUUACAUUCAACGCCACAGCAAACACCAACAUUUACUACCCAGAUCAGUCAAGUGUUGCCACGUUUAAAUGCCGUUUCACCAAUGAACAGCCCACAGCCGCAAUCGCCGUACAACAGUCCAUCACCAUCGCCGAUUGUUGUGACGCCGAAUAUGUCGGGUGCAAAAAUGUCAAACAACAUAGCGACCGUGCAACCGGUUAAAGGACUACAAUAUCCAUUCCCAACACAUCCGCCAAUUGCUGCGUCCGUUACAAAUCUUACGAAUGCUACAACGCCAGCAACUAUUAAUAAAAUUGCCGAAAAUUCCAGUUCUUCGCACGAUCCAGACUCAUCCAAAUCAAAAUCACAUGCCAGCAAACCGGCAAACUCACACGAAAAGAAUCAUGCCAGUUCAAAUAAUGGUUCAAAGAAUUCAAAUCAUACAAAUCGUUUGCUCAAUAAAAGUGCUUCGGUACCGGGUAGCAAUCAUUCGGGCACCGUUCGAACAACACUCACAUCAAGUUGCAGUUUGAAUAUUAGCAUUAAAGAAGAAAGUAAUGAGUCGCUUGAGAAUGUGAUUCCGACACGAAAAACGUCACGCGAAGAAAAGAAUUCGAAUGCAAAGAGCGAGCAUGCAAAAAAGACUGAUUUAUUGGAUCGAAGAAAAUGGGAAUCGAUCAGUAGUGAAAAUUCGGAUCCAGCCUCCAGUUCGGAAAUCCUAUCCGAACGAACUGAAAACGAGCGUGUCGGACACGAACGGCACGAUUCAAUGAAAAUGGACGCGGGAAAAAAUAAGAAUAAAAUACGAAAUCACAAGAUAGAGAACGAAAUUGAAUCACAAGAUAGAGACGAAUCACGCAUUAAAUACGAGCUUGAAUCAAAGAAAACGGACGAAUAUGAAUAUCGACGCAGAGAAAUGGAAAGCGACGAUGCUGUUCAUAAUUGGAAACCGGAAUACAAACAAAAUCCAUCAAAAGAUCGAGAGCAUGUUAUUACGGUUAAUCAUUUCACAAAGAGCGACAAACAUAACAAAGAAAAUGCGACCAAAUCCCGAGAGAGUACACCAUUGGAUCGUCAGCAAUAUAGCAGCAGUGGUAAUGGUGACGAUGUUAAGAAUUCGAGCAAAAAUAGUCGUAGCAAUUCACCGAACAAAAUAAUGCCAAAACGACGAUUGAGCUCACAUGAAUCGGUUGACAGUGACGAUGGCAAACGGUUUAAAUUCAAUCCCGAAAGUGUUAAAUCAAUGGAGCGACGCGAUUUUAAAGAUCCAAACGGUCGAUCCGGCGACAAAUCGUCAAAACAUCAACGGAAUUUCAGUAAAAUGAACAAUGUGCACAAGAUGGAAGACAGCUCAUGCGAUAUGAUGGACGAUCGAUCGAAAAAGGAAAGCAGCUUUGAAGACCGUAGAAAGGAUCGUGAAAGUGAUAAACAUCGCAGCAGCAGCAAAAGUGAGAAAUCAUCUUCACACAGGAGUCGACGCAGCAAAGAUGAAAAAUCAACAAGUCAAUUUCAUAUGGAAACACAAAGUGGCUUUUCAAACGAUGGUCGUCUCAGUGACGAUGAAAUCAUGAAAAAGUCAUCAGAGAAUAAGGACAAUAAACGUUUAAAUAUGUUUGAACAGCAUCGUCAUCAUAGUCAUGAAAGGCAAAGUGCACGCGACCAUCGUGAGGAUAAAUCUAAAUCAGAAAAACGAAUGGAUCGAUUAAAUAGUAAUGAAAAGCGUUUACGAAACGAAGAUUCACAUGGAUCGUCAAAGCAGCAGCUAACGAAUCCAUCAAUGGAUUUGCGUCGUAUUCGUAAGCAAACAUCGAAUAGUUCGGACGAUUCGGAUUCCGAUGGACCGAAAAAGCAUUCCAUUUUCGAUAUACCCGACGAUGGUCCCGCAUACAUUUCCAUGUACGACAAGGUGAAAGCACGUUCAUGUAAGAAUAUGCAAAAACAAGAAGAGGAAAAGAAAAUAAAAGCCAAAUUCAGUCAAUUGAAAGAGAGCCGAGCGAAACGCGAAGAAAAGAAAAAUUCAAAUAGCUACGAUGAAGAUUCGGAUUCGGAUAUGGACACAAAUGAACAACGUGUUAAACAUAAAAAUAUGAAACAUUUCCUUGACUCAUCGUCCGAAGACAGUGACGGUCGUCAUUCGAUGAAUAAAGACAUGGUUUCGGAUUCGGGAUCGAGUUCACGAAAAGGACAUUUCCGUCGGAAUCGAUUGAAUGAACUGUGCGAUGGUGAAAGUUCGGAAAAUAGUUCAUUACAUCAAUUCCAAAUGAAACCACGGCGUCGCAUUUCAUCACGGAAAAAUUCACGUUCUGCUCGUAUUGCAUCCGAAACAUCAGACGAUGCAAGCGAAAGUGCAACACCAUCACAACUGCCGCAACCGGUGAUCAAAGAGGAGCAUUCAGAGAAAACAAACGAUGAUGAUGUUAAAUGUGAAAUUAAAACGGAACACAGUAACAUUCCAAAGGAAGAAAAACAUGAUAUGGGUCAGUUUAAGAUUAAAACCGAACCAGUCGAUUAUCCAUCGCCCGAACGUUCAUCGAAUCAGUGCGAUUUAUCGGAUGGCGAUUCAAUAACACCAAGUAGCAAAGCAUCUGAAACGAAAGAAUCGAUAUUCGAUAAUUUGUUCAGUUCUGAAGCUAAGAAACGGCACAAGAAAAAUAAGAGACGUCAAAAGAGCCCAUCGGUUUUAUCGACUGAUGAGUCGAAACCAAUCAAACACGAAGAAAUUAAAGUGGAAAAAUCCAAUUCAAUGGAAACAAUGUUUGAUGAAUUGAAACGCGAUACAAAUGAAAAGAAACGUCACGGUAAAAAGGAGAAGAAACGUGAUAAAUCAUCAAAAGAACAACACGAUAAAUUAAAAGAGGAAAAAUAUCGCAUGAAAAAAUUGAAGAAACAAAAUCGUUUGUCAUCCGAUACAUCGAUGUUUGAAUCGCAAGAAAGUUUCACUUCAAGUAAACGUGGUGAAAAAAUGGAAGACAUUUUUGGACCCAUUUCCGAUGAUGAUUCACACAUCUCUGCAACCAUUGACACACAUAAAACGACCAACAAAUCGAAUGCAUCGAAUAACAUUCAUUCGAAUAAAUUGAGCGGUGCACAAUCGACGGCGGCAGUGCACAAUCAAAAUGAAAAUAAUUCCGAAGCAAAAUCACAGUCCAGUUCGCAAACGGAAAAGGAAAAGCAUCGCGAAAAGAAACGGGAGAAGAAACGCAAGGAACGUGAAAAGCAACAACAACAAUCGAUCAGCAGCAAAGAUGAUGAUAAUAGCGUUGAUUUGGAUGCAGCCGCACGGGCAGUGGAAGCAAAACUACUUGAAGAUAGUGAACAAAAACCAGAAGAAAUCACCGACUUUGGAUAUUUGAAAGAGAAUACCAACAAAAUGGACAUCUCUUCGGAAAAACCAUACGAUGAUGUAUUCCGUUUUUCAGAGACCGAAGAAGGUCCGGACAAUAUGUUUUUGUCACGCAAAUCCGACAACAACGACAGUCAUCGAUCGAAAGACAAGAAGAAAAAGAAGAAGAAGUCAAAGGAAGAAAAACGACAUCAUCAUCAUCAUACAAGUCAUUCGUCAUCGUUUAUUUCGCCACCAACAACUCCACGGCUGACAAUUGAUACCGAUUUAAUGGAUGAUCUGCCAUUGGCCAAAGAUUCGCCGAUUUCAAUGGACAGUCGGAAAUCAAGCGAAGAACCGGCCGAACCAACGGCCAAAGAGAACAAAACCGAAUCGAAGCACGGUGAUGACAAGCGUAAAGAUGCAAAAAUUAUCCCUGGUUUUGGUUUGGAAAUCGAUGCAAACAUCUAUGAUUCAGCCGUUCAAUCGAUCUCAUCCAAUUUCAAUGUGAUUGAAAAAUCUGAAACCGAAAAAUUACCGGUUGAAGAGAAAUCCGUUCCAAGUCCCGAUAACAAAUCAAAUGAUAAAAUCGAAGAAAAAUCACGGGUUGUCAUCUCACAAGAAGAAACUGAAGAUGCGGUGGCCGCAUUGUUGGGUGAAAGUUUCGGCAUGACCGAUGGAUAUUCGUUCGGUGAAGAUGCAAUCAUUGAAGAAGGUUCGAAUAUGCAAUCAUCGGACGGUGCCAUUGCCGAAGAAGAGGCCGAAGAAAUGCGAAAGGCGGUACAAAGCUUGGGCAAUGAUGAUUUGGAUAUGAAAGCAGACACACCACAAAGUGAUAAUGGUUUGCAAAUUGACACCGAUACCGAAGAGCCAGACGACGGAAAUGCCUUACAAAUUGACGAAAGUGUCUCGCACGAGGACACCAAACCUGAAUCACCAAAGGAAAAGAAAUCGAGUGGCAAAGAAAUUGAAACAAAGCCAAGCGAGGUUAACAAGAGCUCGGCCGUGUUUACAGUUGAAAAUGCACAAGAUAAUAUUUGCAAAAAUAGCGAUAAAUCACAGUCGGAAUGUAUUCAAAAGACAACGAUUGUUACACCAUCGAAAGCAUUUGUGGAGCCACCGAUUUUACCACCAAUUAUUCCAAAAUUGGCCGAAGCUCCAACUGAACUAUUGUCAGUAACAAUUAGUACACCAACUAUGAACAAACCGAAUAUCAUUCAAGUGCCGAGCAUUUCAAAUGACAAACCCAAACCAUCUCCGCCAAGUACAAUUAUUCAUCAUACUCAAGCUACAACUGUUACACAACAACCAACAACGUCAACAACAAUUCAAAAUCCAAUUUUGAAUCGAGUGGUCGCACCACAAAUUCGGCAACCGUUCAACAUAAGCCCAGCCAAAUCUUCCCUUUCCCACGUUGUGAUUCAACAGCGUCAAAUUGUACCGCCACCAGUACAAACGACACCAAACAAACCACCCACUACUAAUCCACCACCAAAUCGUACCUCUUCUGUUGUUAUGCCACCAACGUCGAAACCUGUAAUUGCUGACACUGAACCAAAACAUACGGAAAAUGAUGAAACAACAACAGCCACACCUUCCACAUUGAUCAAUACACAAAUGCCACAAACACCCAAACAAAUUGUGUUUGAAACAAAAAUACCUCAAAAAUCUGACGUCAAAGAGGAUACGCCCUCGAAAUCUCCGAUUCCAUUGGAGAAAUUGGCUGAAAAUAAUAAACAACAAGACGAUGUACCAGCGACGGCUACAACAUCGGUGAUUAAGAGCAUUUUAUUGAAAUCAACGACAGAGCCAGAAGUAAAGGUGAAAGAAGACGAAAACGAUUCAUCGUCAGCUUGGACGGCAAAGGAAGUGAAUAUUGAAUCGGUGAUCAAGGAAGUGGAUGCGUUGUGUACGACGGAUGAAGAGACAAAUAUCGAAUCGAAGGUGAUUGUCAAGCCAGAACCGCCAAAGGUCGAAAUCACGGAAGACAUUCCUGUCGAAAAGAACGAUGCAAAGGACGCCGGUAAAAUCGAUGCCAAAAGCCAAACAAAACGUGAAAAAAUCACUCGUAAUAAGAAAACACAACAGGUCGAAAUGGAAGUUCAAAAAUCACCACCAAGCGCGUUGGCCACCAUUGAUCUGCAGUUGGGCGUUCAAACACGUCGCGGUGUCACAACCAAACCAGUGGUCGUCGUUCAACCGAAACGUGGACGCAGCAAUCGAAAUGCGUCACCCCGAUCAAAGGGCGGUGCUAUUGUUGUUGUCGGCAACGAUAAAUCACGUAGCAAUAAUUCGGAGUCAGACAUUUAUGAAUUCCACGAGGAUUCGGGCGAAGAAACAAUGGCCGUGCAAACGAAUGAUGCGCCAAGAACACGCGCUUUAUCGUUCUCAAAACCAAGCACUCAACCAUCCAGUCCGAAUACCCAAAUAACUCCAAAUGAGCCAAGCAAACCACAACCGAUAAUUAGUGCAAUUGAACCCGAACCGAAACCCGUUCAAACCGCUGAGACUGAGAAACCGCUUGAGAAACCAAAUGAGGGAUCACAAGACGAGGCAAAGGAUGAUCUUGUUGCAUUGAAUAAUUUGCGCAAGAGUCGUCGAUUGAUUGAACGCGAUGGUUCGAGGAGCACUAUUGACGAUACCAUCGAAGAUGUGGUUAAGAAUCUUUCGAAAGAACAAACGGUAAUCACAACAUCAGCUUCAGCGGUGCAACCCACAUCGGGUCAGGCCCAACCAAGAAGAUCGACACGUAGCACGGCAAAUCAAAUGGCUGUCAAACUGACCAUCAACGAAAAGACCGAAUUGCGUAAAUCACCACGUCCAACACGAGGCGGUGCAAAGGAUAUUAAAACGACCGAAACAGAAGUCACUGCUGAUGACAAUAAGGGUGACGAUACACAGCGUGGCGAAAUUCAUGAAGAAAAACGUGACAAUGACUCGGAGGCAACACAAAGUGCAUCCGAAUCGGGCGAAACAAGUCGCAUCGAAUCACAUAAACCGGAACAAGUUAAAAUAAUUGAAGAACCGAAAAUACCGGCUCAUCCAGUGGUUAAGGAACUGCUGUCAAUCGAUGUUGAAAAUCGAAAAUCAUCAUCUGUCGAGCCAAUGACAUUGAUUGAUCCGGUGACUGGUGAGAUGACAGUUGUACAGGAGAAAAACGAAGGACAAUACGUUCCAGUGGUUGGCGGUCAUGGCGCUGAAUUUAUGAAUAAGCCAAGUGUUUUGGUGACAUCACGUGAAAUUCGUCCGAUUAUUGAAACAACAACAGCCACCACAACAUCGGGCAUCGUAUCAAAAGUGUCAAACACUCCCGUUAUGACAAUUGUGAGCAAACCGAUGCCGAUGCCGAUGCCAAUUUCCGUGCCAAUGCCAGUGCCGACAACAACUCCGAUACAUGUACAAAAAUCAACGGUUGUCAUCACAUCGAAACCAAUCGAACCACCAGCACACAAUGUCCCAUUGUCGAUGUCGAUUGAGAAAACACUGGCUCCACAAUUACCACAGCCACAAAUUCAAAUUCAACCGAUCGUUCAUGCCCAGCCGACGCCAAUGCCAGUACAACAACAACCACAUCCACAUCCGCAUCCACAUUCGCACUCAAUGAAAACUCAUGUCAUGACUUCACCGCAUGUGAAAGUGUCACAAGCACCAGUUAUAUCGAGCGCUGGCACUCCGGUAAUUUUGAGCACAACUGUUCCAAGUAUAUCGCAUAUGUCAAAUGUCCAACCGGUUAUUAAAUCGACGGCAAUCAUUCAAAGUAAUAUUGUCCAACCGAAUAUUCAAUCGCAUAAAUAUGGCAAAGAUUCACCGGCAACUGUGAUUGCCCAGCAGCCACAAUAUCCGCCGAAAAUUCAAGUAUCUGUUGCUCAACAGCUACCGCAACCAACACCACCACCACAUUUGCAAGCGCAACACAAGAACACAUUGAUUGUGAAUAUUCCAUCUAGUUCACCGGCCAAUAUACCGGCACAUUCGCCACGCCACUCACCAAGCAUUGCAGCCAAGGUGACCUAUACACAAGCCUCAAUUCAUGAACCACAGUAUUCGAUUCACGUUCCAAAACAUUCAGUGGCCAAUAUUCAUCCACCGCAAAUAUUAUCGCAAAAACCGCUUGUCAUUCAUCCGAAUAAAAUGCACAUGCCACCGACCUCAACGAAUUAUACAUCCGUUGUGCAGUGCAGCGGAAAGGUUAUACAAACACAGUCACAUCAUAUGCCGCAGCCUGGGCCAAUGGUUCAAAUGGGACCAACACAACCGAUGCCAAUGCAACACAUUUCACAGCAGCAACACCAACAACAACAACAACAAUCAAAACCGGGUUCAGCUCAUCAAAUUAGCAUACAAUCGACACAAUCCGCACCAUUUGUUGGCAACGUUCCACUGCAAGUGCGAACCAGUACAAGCAAAUACGAAACGGUUCCAUCGCCGAAAUUAAGGCAACACAUUUUGCCGCCAAACAUUCAACAAAUUCAAACGCCACCACCUUCGAUCGCACAACAGCAACAGCAACAGCAUCAGCAACAGCAACAGCAUCAGCAACAGCAACAGCAACAGCAUCACCAUCAGCAUCAGCAACAGCAACAACAACAGCAUCAGCAACAACAACAGCAUCAGCAACAGCAACAGCAAUCUGUUGCCAAGCACAUUCCGUCACAGUCGAUGCCAACAUCAAAUCAAAUACGACUUCAUCAAGCCUCGCAAAUAAUGACCGGUGCCGUUGCAAGUCCACCACCAAAACAACCGCACUUGAGCAGCCAACAACCAAUAAUUGCCAGUGCCAGUAGUUCUCGUGUUAACGUUCCACCAUUGAGUCCACAAGGUCAACAAAGUCGGCCGCAUAGUGUACAACAGCCAGGAUUACCUGUUCCUGGAUUUGAAGCUAAUUUGCAUUCGGAUAUUGGUGGAUUUAGUUUACUUCGAAAUCAAAGUCCACCGCCUGCUCAUCAGCAGGCUUCUCCCAUAACUCCAGUUAACUUGGGUGAUGCUGGUUAUCCAAAUGUACCAAUUCUUGGCAUUCAAAAUUCGUUAAUGUUCUAUCAGAAAUAUUACCGUGCACCCGAAGCACUGGCCCAUGGAGCUCGAAUUCCAUUCGAAGAGCCAUUGGGAACAAGUCCACCGUUAGAAUUGCGUCGAGCAGUUGCUGGACAAAGAGUUGCCGUGCCAAACAGUUUACAGAGUCCUCAAGAUCGUGCUACAGUGAUUCCACAUCCACACUAUCCAGACGUUGGUGCGCGAUUCUAUGAAAGUGCACGUCCGACCAUACCAACAGCAACUGAACCACCACCAGCUCAUCGAAAUCAAAUAAGCGCAACGCCGCCCAUCAACUAUGCGGCUGCCGGUGAAUUGCCUGCACAUUUGAUGCCAAAAACAUUGGAACGUGAACGUGAACGCGAACAAAGAGAAAAAGAACGAAAAUCAUCAAUACCAGGACACACAAAUACACCAUGCCCAAGUGGAAUGGUGUCGGCAAUGGCGACACCCGGUCCCGGCCGAAGUUUACAAGUCACAACACCACCGCAUGCAAGUCAAGUGCCACCACAAGCCGAUUCACUGUUGAUGCUGUUACAACGCUAUCCAGUUAUGUGGCAAGGUUUAUUGGCAUUGAAAACCGAUCAAGCAGCCGUUCAAAUGCAUUUUGUAUUUGGUAAUCCUCAAGUGGCAAGCGGUUCGUUGCCGUGUAAUAGUGAUGGAUCGACGCCACCACUGCGAAUUGCACAGCGUAUGCGAUUAGAACAAGCACAGCUGGAGGGUGUUGCUCGAAAGAUGCAGACGGACAACGAACAUUGUAUGCUAUUGGCUUUGCCUUGUGGUCGAGAUCAUUUGGAUGUAUUGCAGCAGUCAACCAAUUUACAAACCGGCUUCAUCACUUACUUACAACAGAAACAAGCUGCUGGCAUCGUGAAUAUUCCUGCACCAGGAUCUGAACAAGCUGCUUAUGUUGUGCACAUUUUCCCAUCGUGUGACUUUGCCAAUGAAAAUCUAGCCCGAAUUGCUCCCGAUUUAUUGCAUCGCGUCGCUGAUAUUGCUCAUCUACUGAUUGUUAUAGCGACCGUCUGAGUAAAGUGAAAAAAAUUCGAAUCAACCGAACGAUGUCCAAUCAAAGAUUGAAAAUAAUACUGUCCAACAUCGUCAAAAUAAAGAGAAACAAAAAAAGAAAAACAAAUAUAUAACCAAAUUUAUAUGACUACUGCUUGCUGACAAUGGAAACAGAACAUUUCCUUGAACGUAAAAUGAAAAAUCGUUGUAACAAACAAACAAACAUUUUAUUCUCGAUAUAACAAACAAAACACCACUGUUGAUUUUGUAAAUAAGACGAGAUACGGUAUGAUAAGAUUGUAUUAGCUAAGACACAUCUUUUGUACCUAUAAAUAUCCUUUUUUGAUAUUUUGUCAAUUUUUGUAAUUUCAUUCUUACCUCAAAAGUUCUAAACGAAACGAAAAUGAUGCUGUGCGCACCAUACAUACAAAAAAAAAAAACAAUACAAUAUAACAACAACGCAGACACAUGUGUAAUGAUUUUUGUUAAUACAUUUAUAAUUAUCUCAUCAAACCUAUUUGUAUAUUUAAUUAUAUUAAGUUUUGAUCUCACUCUCGUAUACACAAGGAAACAAACAAAAAAAAACAAACUGUGUGUGUGUCUGUCUCUGUGUCUGCGUCAUCGUCGAUCAAUGGAAGAUGGUGUGAGUGCACAAUUAUGCAUCAUAUUUGUUGCCGUUAUAAAUGUUUUAUUGUUGACAAAAUAUCGCGAACAAAAAAGAGCGUGAAAAAAGAGCGUUGUCUUGAACAAGGAUUAUUACUUACACAUUUUUUUAAAAAAAGAAUAUACAUCAAGAAAAUGUAUACGAACUGGGCAAAACUAAAGCAAAUCAUAUAUUCACAUGGAUUUGUCCUUUGUUUCGCAAGCGAAUGAGAGAGCGAAAGAAAUGAAGGAAAAUGCCCCCUCAUAAACACAUACAACAUUGCAUUAUACAUAUUCUUAAUUAAUUAUCUGCGCGCUGUGUUCAAACUAUCAAAUACAAUAAUUUGAAGUUAUGCGAGAAUAAAACCAACAAUUUUAGCAUGGAUCAAUCGGAUUCGAAUUAAACAAUGUAGUACAAUAUAUAGAUACAUUUGAUAUUGGAAAUAAUAUCGCCUUGACAACAUUUCAGCCAAAAAAAAAAAGAACAA